AUGGAGACAAUUAAAAAGAACAAAACAAUUCAAGGUCUUCCAGAGGAAAUAAUUGAAAAACUUCUAAGCUAUCUAAGUGUUGAAUCAUUAAAAGCUGCUGCACUUACAUGCAAAAAACUUGCCUCAUUGACAUUUUUGGGUGGAAGAUUUCCCAAUGAUCUACCUCUAUAUGAGCGACUUGAAAUCAAUAAAAAUAUUAAAACACUCAGUUUUCCUAACUUUGUACUGUUAGGAGUGAAAGAAGAUGCUCUAAAAGAAUUUCUCAAGCACGUUCCUAAUGUUGAAAAGUUGAGAACAACUGGAAUGAUAAACUUGCAUGUAGUUUCGAAUGCAUUAACUCGUUUGACGCAUUUAGAACUUUAUGGCACUUCCUCAACUUUACACCAGAUUAAGUCGCAAAGCUUACAAUCAAUUACCAUUGAUGAAUUGAAGUUUAUUCCUGACUGGGAAAAAUUUGCAUCUGAUAAUCCGAGAAUGAACACAAUGAAAAUUGAAAAAGUCCCUGAAAAUUUUGACAUUGUAAAAUUGCUGACGAACAUGAAACUGCAGCGCUUGGAACUACCAAUGAUCAAAGUCGACGACAAUGUUUGCAAAACCUUACGCGAAAACACUCAAGAUAUGAUAUCGUUGAGUAUUCAUAAAGCAAGUUUUGUGAAUUGCCAAGAAAAUCUUUCUGAAGUCAAAUGCCUUCGAUUUCAUGAAAAGGAUGAAAAAUGUUGCUUUGAACGAUUUUGUCCUGGACUGAUUUAA